AUGGCUGCCGAAGGUGCUUCAUGGGGCGGAGAGGAUGUUGGGGCUCCCCAGGGUGAUCAAGUUCAGCAUAGCGAGGAACAAGUUGAUAACUUUGCUCAAGACUCCCUUGUCUCUGGUGAUGCAGCGGAUAAUGGUACAGAAGAUGGAGGAGAAUAUGAUCCAGAGUCGGUCACGAUUGGCACUCCCGUCCAGGUCCCUGAAAAAGCUGCUUCCGCCACGGCUCAACGUCAGCCUUCCAAGCCAAAGAUGUCCGGUGGUUUCAUAGUGGAGGCAUCUGACGAUGACGAGGAUGAGGAACCAGCUUCUGAUGCUCCCAAGGUGGAAUCUGUUCCACCUCAAAACCAGCCGGAGCCUUCUACUGCGUCUCACCAAACCAAUAUCCCAGCCCCUGCCGCCGUUCCUUCUCCUGCUGCCUCAUCCAAUGUGACUCCAGCCUUUGGUGGUCUCGAUCCAGUUGCCCUGCUCGAAGCUCGUGUCAAGCAGGAUCCCCGUGGAGAUAUGGAUGCGUGGCUUAAUCUGAUUGCCGACCACAGACGCUCCAGCAGACUGGACCAGGCUCGAACUACUUACAACCGAUUUCUAGAAAUCUUCCCGCAAGCUGCUGAUAUCUGGGUCGAAUGGAUCGAGAUGGAGCUUGGACUCGAUAACUUUGUCGACGCUGAGCAGCUCUUUGGAAGAUGCCUCAUGACUGUCCCCAACGUCAAGCUGUGGACCGUCUACCUCAACUACAUCCGUCGGCGCAACGACCUAAACAACGAUGCAUCUGGGCAGGCUCGAAGGACCAUCACACAAUCCUACGAGUUUGUUAUCGACAACAUCGGUGUGGACCGGGAUUCGGGCAACAUCUGGCAGGAUUACGUCCAGUUUGUCAAGAACGGCCCAGGCCAGAUUGGUGGCACAGGAUGGCAGGAUCAGCAAAAGAUGGACCAGCUGCGCAAGGUCUAUCAGCGCGCUAUUUCAGUGCCCAUGCUCACUGUCAACAACCUGUGGAAGGAGUAUGACCAGUUUGAGAUGGGACUGAACAAGAUGACUGGUCGCAAGUUCAUCCAAGAACGAUCACCGGGAUACAUGUCAGCCAAGAGUGCUAACAUCGCGCUCGACAACAUUACACGACACCUCAAGCGCACAAACCUUCCAAGGCUUCCUCCUGCUCCUGGUUUCGACGGCGACCAGGAGUUCCGGGAUCAAAUCGAGAUGUGGAAGAAGUGGAUUGCUUGGGAAAAGGAGGAUCCGCUGGUGCUCAAGGUUGACGAGCCCAAGGUCUUCAACCAGAGGGUUCUCUACUGCUACAAGCAAGCAUUGAUGGCAACGCGAUUCUGGCCGGAGAUUUGGGUGGACGCUGCGGAGUGGUGCUUCCAGAACAAUGUGCGCGAGAACGACAAGGAGAUGGGCACCGAACUGCUUCUGGAGGGCAUUCGGGCGAACCCAGAGAGUGUUUUGCUUGCUCUGAAGCAUGCUGACCACAUCGAAGCCAACUACCCAGCCAAGGAGGGCGACAAGUCGGAAUAUGCCAAGGCAGUCCGCAAGCCCUACGACGAUGUGCUCGAGACCUUGUAUGAGAUGGGAGACAAGGUCAAGGAGCGAGAGAAGAUGGAGGUGACGGCCUUGAAACAGGCAGCGGCGCAAGAUCCCGUCCAGGCAUCGAUCGAGCAGAACGACGCCGACGAUGAUGAUGACGACAAGCCUAAGAGGUCCCCAAUGGAGGAAAGGAUCCUCGCCAUUCAGAAAUCAUACUCGAGCGAGACGCUGCUAUUGUCGCGCACCAUCUCGUACGUCUGGAUUGCCCUUGCUCGAGCUAUGCGCCGUAUUCAAGGCAAAGGUAACCAGUCAGAGGGUGGUCUGCGUAAGGUCUUUACGGACGCGCGCCAAAAGGGACGACUUACGAGCGAUGUGUAUGUUGCAGUCGCACUGCUCGAGUCAGUUGUCUACAAGGACCCCGUGGGCGCCAAGAUCUUUGAGCGCGGUGCUCGCUUGUUCCCCAACGAUGAGAUGUUCAUGAUAGAGUACUUGAAGUAUCUCCAUUCCAAGGACGACACAACUAAUGCCCGGGUCGUAUUCGAGACUUGUGUCAACAGGCUUAUUUCCAAGCCCGAGACCUUGGCCAAGGCCAAACCCCUGUACGCCUACUUCCACAAGUACGAAUCGCAGUACGGAGAGCUAUCACAGAUCUCCAAGCUGGAGGACCGGAUGGCAGAGCUCUUCCCAGAAGACCCCAAGCUCAACUACUUUGUUUCUCGCUUUUCUUCUGACAAGUUUGAUCCAAUCUCGACCCCUCUCAUCAUCUCAAAGGCAGUGCAGAUGCGGCCCAAGCAGGCCGUGCCCGUGGUUGAACAGCCUAUCUCGCUCCGAAACAGCCCACUUCCGGCCAGACAGGAGCAGAGCCCCCGACCACAAUACGUACGGGCCACUGCAUCACCGAAGCGACCUCUGGGUAUCGAUGACGAGGAGUUGAACCCCCCCAAACGACUUGCUCGGGGAGUGUCACCCCUUAAGGGUGCGGCUGGCCGUCGGCUCGACCAACAACGUCGAAACCAGGCAUCGGCACUCCACAGAGACAUCACUUUCCUUCUCAACAUUCUCCCACCGGCCCAGAGCUUUGACAUGCAGCGCCUCAACCCCACAGCGUUGGUCAACAUUCUCCGGGACACCAGCCUGCCUGACGCUGCCACGUUGAAGGCGACGGGAGGUGGCCAACAGCGCUACAACAACCCGUCUCACGCGCGGCAGUCUUCCGGUGAGUACGGCAACCGGCCGCUGAGCCCCUACGGGCGAGUGUCGUCGGCAGCUGGCGGCUACCGGAACUCUCCCUUGCGGCCGGAGAGCGGUGGCGGCUACCAGGCCAAUCCCUAUCCUCCACCCGAAGCGGGUGGUGCGUCGUCGGCUUGGCAGCAGGCGCCCAGUGGAUACGGCGCGCCGCCACCAGGACAGUACGGGUACCGAUAUUGA